AUGUCCCAUCAGGCCACAGAGUCAUUCUACGACCAGUUCUUCCUCGACUAUGAGAACAACUACCACAACAAUGAAGGCCUCAAGGCCUUUGUCCGCGAAGCCGCCUCGAAGCUCCCCGCCCACGCCAAGGUUCUAGACGUAGGCUGCGGUACGGGACGUCCCAUAGCCGAAGCCCUCUGCGCAGCCGAGCUUGAUGUCACAGGCAUAGACCUGUCGACCGAGAUGGUAGAAAUGUGCAAGAGGCGGUUCCCCUCCGCGAAGUUCAUCAAGACGGACAUGACCAAGUUUCGCCCCCAGCAAAAGUUCGACGCCGUCUUUGCCGUUCUCUCGCUAUUCCAUGUUUCUCAUCGUGAAAGCUACUCGAUGCUGUUCAAGUUUGCCGACUGGUUGAAGGAGGGCGGCCGCCUCUUCAUUACUACUAUAUACAGCCACGAUUUGGUGGACAGGGGAGCCAAGCCAGAUAGCCAGGGCAUCAUCGAUCUCGCCGACUGCCAGUUCCUGUCCCACGAUGUUCCUCUGACGGCCUUUUCCAGCGAGAAGUGGGAGGAGUACCUGACCGCUGUCGGAUUCGUCGGGUUUCAUGCAACCAAGUAUGAUUUCCAGCCCGCGGAUCCAAAGCUCAAGGUUGCCCAUCACCACUUUAUCACGGUGAACCGAGGAGAUAACCACCCGCUCAUGGGGCCCUAUCCUUACCAUGAUAAAGUGUUUGGGCCGUACUCUCUACAAAAAACGGCUUACAAGUCCUUCAUGGAAAGACUUAACGACGUCGAAUCGAACGCCCUGGCGGGUGUAAUUGGACACAACACCAACACUCUCACCAUUGACCCGAUGAACCGCAGCGAUUUGUUCCCGUUUAGCGCCCAGGAAGUUUCGAACAAGUUCGACUCCAUUGUUCUGUCCCGAGUUCUCGACGGCCUGGAAGACAUUAACACGCCUCUUCAGAAGGCCAUGAAGGCAACCAGCAAGAUAGUAGUCAUCCAGGCUGCCCCAGACAACGAUCUUCUCAAGCAAGCCAACCUCAGCAGCAACAAAGCCCCGAUGCACCACGGACUCAUCCUCCACCGAGCCGCCGAGAUCCUCAAGACAAACGGCUUUGGCAGUCUAGAACUCAUUCACAUUAGUGAUAGUGCAUGUCGCUUCUCAGAGGAGGACUUGUCUGCGCGAUCCAAGGUUGCUGCCGUCUUGAUUGCAGACAUGUUCUAUAGCUAUGAAGCCGACUUACAGAGUAUCAAGGACGCUCUUGUCCCCAGGAUGGAGGCUCUCUUCAAGGAGACUCCGCAUGACGUUGGCAACCAAUCUGUCAUGCUGGUUGCUCGACCUGUUACUCAGGUCAAGCCAGCAUGA